CUCUUCGACAAAAAUAAACGAACAUUAGAGCUCCAUCCGACCGUUGUUCUGCACACAACGUACCCCGCCAUUUUACUCGUGUCAGUUAUAGCAUCAACAUUCAUGAUUCACGUGCUAGCAGAUUCGCGUCACACGUGCGGGCGUGUGUCAACUCACUCUCCUAAAACAGAGUCGCCCUCACCUGUCUAUAAAUACGCAGCUCGAAGCAUCACCAACAGCAAUCGAAUCAGUUACUUGACAGAUCAGAACAUGGAGACCACCAGCCAUGAACCAGCGAAGCUUCGUUCUGAGUUCGUUCGAGUUCUUCGCAGUCGACGAUCCGCCGAAGUUCCGCUUUCUGUGGAACCUGGAAAACCUGUGGCACAUCCUUUGUAUCAGGAAACUCCUCGGCCACACUUCAGUGAGGCAAUGGAAUCUUGCCCAAAGGCAGACAUUCUCAAUUUUAAGAAGUUACUUGUACAGGAAAACUUAUACCUGACCACAGAGGCAGGAGAGCAGGGGCGCUUGCCUGUGCUGAUUUUGAGCAUGAAGGAGAGCAAUCAACUAAGAAGGCCAGCUGUUGUUUUUCUGCAUAGUACACAUAAAUGCAAAGAGUGGUUGCGACCAUUGCUUGAGGCAUAUGCUUCUCGGGGAUACGUAGCUGUUGCCAUUGAUUCUCGGUACCAUGGGGAACGUGCCAGGGGAAUGACCACCUACCGAGAUGCUCUUGUAUUAUCAUGGAAGAAAGGUGAUACGAUGCCAUUCAUAUUUGAUACGGUGUGGGACUUGAUAAAAUUGGCAGAUUAUCUUACACAGAGGGAGGAUAUAGAUUCUUGUAAGAUAGGAAUCACCGGCGAAUCACUUGGAGGAAUGCAUGCUUGGUUUGCUGCUGCCGUUGACACCCGCUAUACAGUGGCUGUCCCCAUAAUUGGUGUUCAGGGGUUUCGAUGGGCCAUAGAGCAUGAUCAAUGGCAGGGUCGAGUUGACAGUAUCAAGGCUGUGUUUGAAGAAGCACGAAUUGAUUUAGGCAAAAGCGAAAUCAACAAAGAAGUGGUGGAGAAGGUCUGGGACAGAAUAGCUCCUGGUUUAGACUCCCAGUUUGAUUCACCACACACAGUACCGAUUAUUGCACCCCGUCCUCUUCUGAUUUUAAAUGGUGAAAAGGAUCCUCGUUGCCCCCUUGCAGGUCUGGAGGUUCCCAAAUCAAGAGCGUGUAAGGCAUAUGAGGAGGCCCAUUGUUUGGAUAAUUUCCAGCUGAUUGCACAACCUGCAAUUGGGCACCAAAUGACGCCAUUGAUGGUGAAAGAAGCAAGUGAUUGGUUUGACAAGUUCCUCAAGUGAUAAUGGCUUCUCACCCCACUCGGCUAUAUCAUGUACAUGUGGUAAUAAAAUUGGGGGAUGACACUUUGCCCCCCCCUAAAAUUUUCAAUUUAUCUGCUCAUAGAUUAAAAUUUUCAUAUCACUUUGAAUAUUUCUAAAUGGUGGCAACAUGUCCCAUUUUACCUUUUUCUCCCCAAAUUAUGCACCAAAUUUGGGGGCAAAAAUAGGUAUGGUGUUACCAUUUAAAAAUUUGAGGGCAUAAUAUGAGAUGUUUAAUCUUUGAAAGAUAAAGUGAAAAUAUUACAUUGGCAAAGUUCAUGUUUGCGUACCUCAACUAAUUUCUUCUUCGAUUGGGUCAAAAAUAUGGCAUACACGUUGAAAUUAAGGUAUUUAUGAGGGAUAAAUCUCUAGUGAUCUGCUCUUAAAGGAUUGUCAAGAUUUGAAUUCAAGAUAUUUGAGUUAGUUUAAUAAAAUGUGUUGCAAGUAAAGACAUCUCUUAUUAAUUAUUAUUCCCGUUUGUAGCUAAGUCAUAUAUAUGCACAAAUGCUUGCUCUAAUUUGGCCUGUUUUUAUUGUUAUUUAAACAAA